UUUCUAUUCAUCUCCUCUCUCUAUUCUCUCUCCCUCUCGCUCUCAGUCUUCAGACCAGAAACAAGAUACAGUCAGUGUCUCAAAAUACCAUGAUGGUUUCUCUGCUUACAAUGUCGAUGAGUGGUGCUCAAACAUGGCCUCAGGCCCAUACUGAUUUAGGCUUUGGGCCCAUCAAAAGACAGCCGAAGAUUAAAUGCACGGUGCAUAUCGACGUAACGGAAUUACCCUUGAAACGGCCUUCAUUCACACCCAGAACCACCGCGACGCCACCGCGGCAUAAUCCUCUCCGGCUAAACAUCUUCCAGAAAGCAGCGGCGAUUGCGAUCGAUGUGGCUGAGCGAGCGUUGAUCUCACGUGAGCAAGAUACUCCUCUUCCCAAAACCGCUGAUCCACGUAUUCAAAUCGCCGGGAAUUAUUUCCCGGUGCCGGAAUUUCCCGUCCGAGAGUGUCUCGACGUUGAAGGAACAAUCCCUGACUGCAUUAACGGAGUUUAUGUCCGUAACGGUGCAAAUCCGAUGUUCGAGCCAAUCGCUGGGCAUCAUUUGUUCGACGGAGACGGAAUGGUUCACGCAGUUAAAAUAACCAACGGUUCAGCAAGCUACGCAUGCCGGUUUACUAAAACCGAGAGAUUAAUUCAAGAAAAACGAUUGGGUCGACCGGUUUUUCCGAAAGCAAUCGGCGAGCUUCACGGCCACUCGGGAAUCGCACGUCUGAUGCUUUUUUACGCACGUGGGCUUUGCGGCCUCGUCAACAAUCAAAACGGCGUCGGGGUAGCGAACGCCGGUUUGGUUUACUUCAAUAACCGGCUUUUAGCAAUGUCAGAAGACGAUUUACCGUACCAAUUAAAAAUAACUCAAACCGGCGACCUCCAAACCGUUGGGCGUUACGAUUUCGACGGUCAGUUAAAAUCAUCGAUGAUCGCCCACCCGAAACUCGACCCGGUUACAAAGGAGCUCCACGCGCUAAGCUACGACGUCGUUAAAAAGCCUUACCUGAAAUAUUUCAGAUUCUCGCCGGACGGCGUUAAAUCACCGGAGCUGGAGAUCCCGCUCGAGACUCCGACGAUGGUUCACGAUUUCGCUAUAACGGAGAAUUUCGUGGUGAUUCCGGAUCAGCAAGUCGUGUUUAAGCUAGGGGAGAUGAUCGCCGGAAACUCUCCGGUGAUUUUCGACGGCGAAAAGGUUUCGCGAUUGGGGAUAAUGCCGAAAGACGCGACGGAGGCUUCCGAGGUAAUCUGGGUGAAUUCGCCGGAGACAUUCUGUUUCCAUCUCUGGAACGCGUGGGAAUCGCCGGAGACGGAGGAAGUGGUGGUGAUCGGGUCGUGUAUGUCGCCGGCGGAUUCUAUCUUCAACGAGAGAGACGAGAGCUUGAGAAGCGUCUUGACUGAGAUCAGGAUAAACCUCAGGACGCGUGAAGCCACGCGACGCGCGUUGCUGGAUGACGAUGUGAAUUUAGAAAUCGGUAUGGUUAACCGAAACCGGUUAGGUAGAAAAACCCGGUUCGCGUUUCUGGCUAUCGCUGAUCCUUGGCCAAAAGUUUGCGGUUUCGCCAAGGUUGAUCUUUGCACCGGUGAAAUCGAAAAGUACAUUUACGGCGGCGAGAAGUACGGAGGAGAACCGUUUUUCUUGCCCGGUGGCACCGUUGACGGUAAGGGAGGAGAAAAUGAAGAUGACGGUUACAUAUUCUCUCACGUCCACGACGAAGAGAAAGAGACGUCCGAACUUCAGAUUAUUAACGCCGUUAAUUUAAAGCUUGAAGCUACGAUUAAACUACCGUCUAGAGUACCGUACGGGUUUCAUGGUACAUUUGUGGAUUCAAGUGAACUCGUGGAUCAAUCAUAAUAAUUAUUGUACUUGUUAAUGAUUUUAAAAAGUAGAUAUAGGUUAAGAUUCUAACAAUUUGUACCAGUUUUAUAACGAAUGGUUAUAGAUUGUAUUUGCCUUUUGUUUGGACGUGAUACAUUCAAAAUAAACAUAAGAAACAAGA